UAAUUUAACACUAGUGAAGAAGUAGUGUUUAUACGUGUUUUGAAUGCGCUCGCGCCAGUGUUGGGAUUAUUUUUAAUGAGAUAUUACGGCGCACGAAUAUUUAUAAUACGUUAAUAACAAGGUUACUGAUGUAACUGGGUUAUAGAGCGUCCGUGAGACAUCAUGCACGCGCUUUCUGUUGGAGAUGGAGGAGUUCCUAGAGCAUUAUAAACACUACAGUGCAGUGGAGCGGGCAUGGCUGCAGGAUGUGUACAAAGGAGUGUGUGAUUGGCUGCACCCGGUGGUGGGUGUGUCUCUGGGUGUGUCAGAGGAGCAGCUGGCACAUGCUGUGGUGUUGAGACUUCAGAGGACUCAUCCCUCUCUCCCUGUCAGCUACAGGUUUGUCUCAGUAGCACAGCUGAUCAGCACACAGCGCACAUCCUGCUUCAGCAGCCUCACCUGGAGCACUAAUCAGCACAGAGAAUGGACAAGGGAGGCGGAGCAACACCUGCCUAGUCACAAGGCCCUGCCACGCACUAACCUCAUACUGAUUGGCCUGCUGUGUGACGGGCGUGUCUCGGGUCAGUGUGACGGCUUUUGGAAAUUGAGAGACGCAAGUGGAAGUGUGCAUUGUGAGGUCCUGAGCUCAUCACCUGUCUGGCUCACAAGGCUGAUGCUCUUCCCUACCUGGAACUACAUUUCCCAAAUUGCACCGGGGUUAGGACAACAAACUGAAGGCUGCUUAGAGCUGAUCGACUCUCCUGUCUGUGUGACCCCUGACCUCACAGCGUUUGACCCUGGAGGGACGCUGAGCAAUGUCAUUGGGGUCAAAAAGGCAGCCAGACUGCUGAGACAGAAGGGCAGUAGUGGAGCAUGUGUGUGUGUGUUUGGGGAGGUUUGUGCGCUCUGCCCCCUGCUGGUUAUUUCUGGAAAACCCUUCUUCUGCUUCAUCCUCAGUGAGGGAGACUCCACUGUCUCUGUCAUGAUCACGGUCCCAGAGUGUGUGUACUGGAGACAGUGUCUGUGUGUAGGACAUAGUGUGUGUGUUUCAGCACUGUGUGUGUGUUCUGUUCGAGGGUGGGCGGGGCAGCGAGUGCUGUCUGCCACCACAGAGUCCCGCCUACAUCCAAACUCCAAACCGUACGAGUCCGAAGACAUGAGCCCACACUCGGAUUCGCGUUUGGAGUUUAACUCGGACACACUUUUGGAAGCACACACAGACACAAACACAGAGUCCCAGGCAGACACACACAUGAACACACACCUGCAGCAACACCCUAAGUGUGAGGAGGCCCAGGUGCAUGAUGGUCCAGUGCGAACAAAACUCUCCAAAAUCAUCAGUUACAGGGGCCGCAUCACUGGAGUCCAGGAUGCAGAAGCAGGGCUUUACAAGAUUGAUGGGGAGAUGCUGCUGUGCCUGGCCUAUCAGCCAUUGUGGAAAGGGGGUGGCGGGUUAAGACCGGGGGCAGAGAUUGAGCUUCACAACAUCCAUUUCCUUUUCCGCCCAUCUCCGCUUGCCCCUGACGUCGUGCUGUGUGCAUGUUUACGCUCCAGCGUCUCUGUGAUGAACUUCAGUCCACUGAGGACAAAGGUCACACUGCAGAGGUUAGACAGCCCUCUGGUCCGUUUCCUGUUGGAGAAGAACCUCGGUGUGUCGGAGUACCUGUGGCUCUGCUACUGCCACGCUAUGCUCACUGACAGGUUGUGUCCACGCUGGCUGAGUGGAGCUCGAGUGUGUGUGGUGGCUGAAAGAUUAUUGCAGGUCAUUUUAGAAGACAAAUUGGUCAAGAAAAACAAGAGGGACAUUUAUAAAGAAAUGCUGCAGGAGAUGCACACCUGUCCUCUUACUCAGUACUGUGUGUCUAGUCCCAAUGUGUCCCUGUAUUCUGUAAAAGAGCUCUGUGAUUGGCUAGAGAAGGAGAGUUGGGCAUGUCUCUCUUUGUCAUCUCUCCUUCCAUCUUCAGCAUGUCACAUGACCCAAGCUCAGCUGAACCCGCUGCUGGCAUGGUCAGUGCAGACACACACUCUAGUGCAGACACACACACUGGCAUGCACAAACAUGGUGUUGGUGGGCGUGUUGGAGCUGAGUGUGAACAGAGCCACAGUGAGACUGGUGGACCAGACCGGAGCCAUUGACUGUGUGUGUGUGCAGAGUUCAACCUCAGAGCAGUGUGGCUCCAUUGAUACAGCAUGGAUUGGGUGUCUGGUGUGUGUUCUUAGGUGUACGUUAGUGAUGGAACGAUUUAUGAAGACAAAUUUUCCCUCUUGGAAACAUCUGGACCAGCACAGAUACAUCACACACAAACACUGCAGAGUAUAUGUUUGUGUUUGUGUGGAUGAUUUGCACAUUUUGAGCCCCUCAACUGCCAUGAGCUCCCUCAUUCAAGGGAGAGAAAAUAAGCAAGAGACAGAUAGACCGAAGAAGAGGAUGAGGAAAGAAAAAGGACAGAAGGAUGGAGAGAAAUCUUCCCUCUAUCACAAUGAAUCUUCAAAAAUGAAAUCAUCACCAGAAAGGAAAGAAGAAGGUGAAGAAGCAGAUGGAGGAAUGGAGGUGGACGACUGCAUAGCAGGCCCAUCCCACACCAACAGGGAGAGAGAGAGUGAGGGGACAAGUGCAGAAUCCUGUGUGUCACUGCUGUUUCAUGUGCACUCCAAACAGGGCGUGGCUUUUCGUAAUGUCCAGUCAACCAAUCAGGCGCAUGCGCUUACUCUGAGCUUUGCCAUCAAGGCAACACGCCUUGGCAACGUGCAGGUUUGGGACAGAGACCCUAAGAACUGCAGAGCGGAGGAGAGAGAGACGAGGGGAGCAGAGAUCACCAUGGAGCUGCAGUUUGUGAACUCUGCUGUUCGUUGGUUUCCUCUUCUGCAGCCUGCAACAGUGUACAGGCUCAUUGCUCUAAACACACAGGAUGUGGCCGUAUUGUCCUGUAGCUCUGUUCCUGUGAGGGGCGGAGUUUCUCUCCUCAGUAACCCCGUCCUCCUCAUUCAGCCUAACUGGCGCAUACAUACACUAACACCACCACUGUUUCUGUCACAGCCAGAGAGUCAGAGGAUGAUGAGUGUCUCUGAAGUCCACCAUGCCAGCUCGGCUGAUGUCAUCUCCUUUUAUGGAGUUAUCUCUGAGAGAAUCACGCUGCAGGAGGAGAAAAGUAAAACCCCCACCGUCCAAUCACUGAUCAACACUAAAGACGGUGUAGUUGAGACAGGUCUGCGUGUGCGUCUCACGCUGCAGGAUGUUGAAUCUCCAUGUCACACACUGCAGGUGUACCUGGAUUUUAGCCACAGUCCCUAUACAACUGGACUCAUCACCGGGGCAACUGUUCACCUGCAUCACUUCCAGCGCAAAGUGUCUGUUGUGUGUAACGUGUACUGCUCAUCUCUGCCCAUCAGCUGUGUGACAGUCACAGGUCUGGGGUCAGUUAAGCCCUGCCCUCCUCCUCCCACAAUGCACCUGGCUGAGUGGGCUUCAGUCAGGGCAGAGCAUGGCAUCAUGGGGCAGGUCAAAAGUCAUGUGGUGUGUAUUCUGUUUCUGAAGUUGCAGUGGACGUGCUCUCUCUGUGGGAGUGUCUUCAGACAGGCUGCCUGCACUCGACGCUUUCCAGCGUGUGACUCAACCGGCGCUGUGUUUCAGGCCGAGGCUAAGUUAGUAGUGGCAGUAGAAGAUGGUACAGGUGAGGCUCAGGUGUGGUUUCUUACUGAAACAGUGGUUAACCUGCUGCUGCUAGGCAAGUCAGAGUGGGAGGGGCUUCAGCGGCUUGUCAGGGUCAAGGGUCACGUGAGAGUAUACACUCGUGGGCGGAACGUGGUGUGUGAUGUGGAUCAGGAUGAUCCACUGGUGCUGUAUUUGUGCUGCCUUUGUUCCAGCAACACAGUGCGUCGCAACCUCACACUCACCUGUAAACUGCGUUCUCAAAAACCAGAGAAAGCCCAGGUGAGGAAGGUUAGACGAGGAGACCGAGAGUUCCUUACCAAGUUUCCCAAACCUCUUCAACUACAAUGCACACAUAUACACGCUCUCACAUAGACACACACUCUCACACACAGACUGGUGAAAAUGUUACACAGUGUGUAUGUAUAUAUAAGUGAUAUGUGGAUGACUGUUUGUCUAAGUAUUUUAAUGCUACAAUUUAAUAAAUAUCUAUUUUCAAAAGUAAA